UUUAUGUUUCCCAGAUCUUCUUCAUCUUCUUUCCUUUAGGGAAGUUAUCACCUUGACUUUUGUGGUACAACUGAUCUCGUCUUUGGAUCUUCCUCUUGUUAUUAAGAGUUAGCUUCUUGGUUUGGUUUACAAUAUCCAAGAACAAGAUGGUGAGAGGGAAGAUCGAGAUCAAAAGAAUUGAGAACCAGACAAGCAGGCAAAUCACGUUCUCCAAGCGUAGGAAAGGUCUCUUGAAAAAGGCUCACGAGCUUUCAGUUCUAUGCGAUGCUCAAGUUGCAGCCAUUGUCUUUUCUCAGAAAGGAAAACUAUACGAGUUCGCUAGCUCCGACAUGAAGAAGAUGAUGGAACAAUGUGAGAUAUAUAGGAGUGGAUAUUUUCAUGCGGAGAGACUCCAAGAAGAGGACGAUGUGCAGGAUCUCAAGAACGAAGUAACGGUAAUGGUGAACAGUAUUGAACUUCUUCGACUUCAUUGCCGGAAGCUUAUGGGGCAAUAUUUAGGUUCAUGUUCGGUGGAUGAGCUCAAUGAAAUAACUAUCCAAAUUGAGAAAAGUCUUACUCUUAUCAGAUCAAGAAAGGCUAAGGUGCAUGAAGAAGAGGUAGGGAAACUAAAAGCGGAGAUUGCAGGAACAAGAGAGCUAGUGAACGAGAGAACUACGCUGCACGAAAUGUUUGAAGAAAAACCCUUGUGGAUGAAGUCGAGGAGCCUAGAGAGUAAAAAUAAUGCAUCAUCAUCAUCUGCUUUUGAAAACAUGAACAUAUCGGACGUUGAAACUGAUUUGUGCAUCGGAUUGCCUAGAAGCCAAGUGUAGUCGUAUGUUGAACCAACCGGUUCUUGUUUUCUUAUUUUCCAAGUAUCUAUGGGACUUGCAGAA